CAAAGGGCACCUGACAAUGACCUUCACCUUCUAACAACGUGAAGCUCUUCGACGAGAUCCGACAGAUCGAUUUAGAAAGAAAUCAAAAUGUCGUACAAAACUUUACCGCUACUGUUUAUUAACCUAGGCGGUGAAAUGAUUUAUAUUUUGGACCAAAGACUAAGAGCUCAAAAUAUUCCAAAUGAAAAAUCAAGGAAAGUUCUACAUGAUAUCAUAUCUACAAUGUUCCACAAAAGAUUCAUGGAGGAGUUAUUUAAGCCCCAGCCUCUGUAUUCCAAAAAAGCCAUGAGGACAGUGUUUGACAGAUUAGCUCAUGCCUCAAUCAUGAGGCUGAAUGCCCCAAGCAUGGACAAACUAUAUGACCUGAUGACAAUGGCCUUCAAGUACCAAGUGUCACUGUGUCUAAGGCCAAAGGAGAUCAUACUGAUCACAUUAAAUCACAUGGAUGCCAUCCGUGCCUUUGUUGAAGGUCAGCCAAACAUCAAGCAACAAGUGGAUCAUGUCUACAGACUACUUAUAGAGACUUUUGGAUCUCUUUCUAUGGGAGAAUUUCAGCUUAUAAGACAGACACUACUAAAUUUUUUCCAAGAUAUGCAUAUAAGGGUUUCAAUAUUCCUCAAGGACAAAGUACAAAAUAGCAAUGGCCGCUUUGUUUUACCAACAGGUGGAGCUGUGCCUUAUGGAGCAGAGAUUCCAGGAACUAUUAAGUUAUUCAAUGCCAGUGGUGCUGAGGUUAAAACCUCUUCAUUUCCGCCAGGGGGAAGCUAUCAGCCGUCUCAGGGAGAUGGGUCCUUGGAUAUCAUGGGGAACAGAAUCACUACCCUAGGAACCAAUAUGUACAUACAUGCCUAUGGCCAACAGUAUUCUGUGUCAAGGCCAGUAGAAAUUAGUGGAUCCAAUCGCACAUCUAAAUCAACACCUACUGUAUCUGAUAUUGAAUCAGCGACCCCAGAUCCAAUGGCCAAAGCUCAGUUAGAUCUUCUCUGUCAGCUAAUUGGAAGCUCUGCUGCCAAAUCAGAAAUCCGACUCAAUCUGUUCAAAACAGAUGAAGAGGAAGAGCAAGCUUCUGUAGCAAGCAUUCAACCAGUUGACCAUGCUCAGUCAAAAGUUGUCAACAUUGAUCUCAAGAAAAAUAAGAAUGAUGAGCUGAGCAGGAUAGCAGGUGAACUGUCAAUUCAGGGCAACCAGAAUGAGGAUGAAGAUGACCUUUUGAACCUGAUGGACAGUGCAUGAUGAGUAGAAAUAGUGCAUUAUGGGAAAGUAGCCUGCUGGACCAGACUUCUUUGAAAUCUGUGACGGAAGCUGCAAUAUUUUUGUCUCAGUUACAUUUAUGUUUGUUGCAAUUAAGAGUUAUAAUUUUUUGAAAGAAAUUUCUGCUUUUUGCCCACUUGAUGAUGAUUUUUGAUUUGUUUGAAAUCACUCACAUACCCCACAAGGUUAUUUUUUUUUUUAUUUUUGGAUACAGUUUCUUUGAACAUUUCUUUUACUGUUCAAAUUGAAAAGCAUUUAGAAUUAUGUUUAAUGUUUUAAACUAAACAUGACAUCACUGUAACAUUUGAUUUCUCUGCAUCAUAGUUAAUUUCUUACCUAGAGGAAUAUGGCAUAUAUCAGUCUGUCCUUAUCUGACCUUGGUAUAAGGUAGAUCUGAGAAGACUUCAAUUUUAGUGACAGUGUAAGAGAACAAGGUCAUACAAUAAGAUUAAAAGCCAAAAUAGGAAUAAGCCAACAUAAUCAUAUUAAUUAAUCAGCUCUUAGGGAUACUCUGUCUGUCAACAUGAUUUUGUUCUCUGCAAAACUACCAGUACAUGUAUUAAUUUACAUGCAACACACUUAACAUUCCUCUGUUAUUCUGGAUGUUUUAUAAGAGAUUCAUGUUAUUAAAUCAAAAGAUUUUUUACUAUUUUGGUAAUUAUCUAUUUAUGAAGGUUCAUUCAUAAUUUAUGCCAAGCUUAAUUAAAAAGAUAAGUAUACACUUUAAACUAGGUAACAGAAAUGUGAUUUGUUAUUUAAUAUGGAAGAGUGAAAGUUAAACCAGUUGUUUGUUACUUGACUGUUGGUGAGGAGUGUCUCAAAGUGAAUUGGAGGGUUUUAAAUGUCUUAGUAACCAGAAAAUUACUGCUUGAAAAGUUGGACAUUGCUAUGUAUAUAACUGUGAUACUAGUAUUGUAUGGAAUCCUUAAGGAGGUGUGCCCUUUGCAAAGAAAGAUAACUCUAAAACUGAUGUUACUAUUCCCUUAAAAAAAAUUUCAUCUUGACUUCAACAAGGAGUUAUCUCAGAAUAGUAGAUUUGUAUGGAUUUCAUUUUUAAGGUCCACUGUUCUUCUGAAAAGAGAGAAAUAACUCUCAGUGGGAUAAAUGUCCAUUACUCCUUUAUAAAAUUGUCAAUUUGAAUGACCAAUCUCUUUCAAAUUUUGCACUACCAGAUAUGCUGAAUAUGUUUGCAUUUAAAUCAUAAAUAAGCUUUUGAAAAAUUGUUAGCAUUAAAGCAAAAUUUUAUGAGUGAACAGUUAACAAUUAACAUAAACUCAAUCCACUGUUAUAAAUUAAAAUUGUAAUGAUUUACAGAAAAACUCAGUUCAGUGAACUUAAGGUUAGGACAAUGUAGCAAAAUCUUAUAUUACAAGUAGAUAUUACAAAAUAUUUUACAAAUAUAUUGCACAAUUUACUAAUUUAGUUUGGAAUUAACAUCUUUUAGGAAACUUACUAGUGUAUUACCAGGUAAUCAGGAAUGACUUUUUAUCACCUCUGUUUUUUUGUUUGUUUGUCUUAUUUUUCUUCCUUUCUACAACAGAGUAUAUGUAAAUAUACAAGUAAGAUUUAUUAAACUAGCAUGUUGUAGCAUAAAGUACAAUGAAAAAUUUGUGAGUAUAAUACUUGCAGAUUAUGUAAAAUUUUAUGUGAAUUAUACAAAUGAUGAAGCCGUCCAUUGUUUACAUGUUUUUAUUUGUGUUGAAAUAUUUGAAGAGUUAUCGUUCCUCUCUGUUAUGCUACGAAUCUCCAUAUUAAGGUGAUUGUGACAGAGUUGUGUCAAAAGCAUUUUGUGCAAUUAUGAGAGUAUUUGAUAAUGUCACUUUCACAUGUUUAUUGUCAAUAAAGGUGUAUUUUAUUGUAA